AUGACCAAGAAGCUGCCCUUGUAUGAUGAACUUCCAAUCGAUCCAAAGUAUCCACCCAAGACAGCCUGGGGUGUUUGGGGCGAAGACGAUGAUCUUGGAACUUUAAAUCUUUUGACCGAAGAGCGCGUCGCAAAGGCUGCACAGAAGUAUGUGCGUCGUGGUGCUGUAUUUUCAUUGAACUGGAACUUGGAAAACCCUAAUCCACCACUUUUCAAUCGCACAAAGAUCCAGCACAAUAUUCGCAGCCGUUUGCCUGAAGGCAAGCGAUUUGAUGACGUUUAUGACAACUUUAAUACCCAAUCGUCGUCCCAAUGGGACGGUCUUCGACAUGUAUGCCACGCCGACACAAAUAUCUUUUAUAACAACGUUCCAAUCUCUGACAUUACUCCUGGACCUGAUGCAACUGAUCGUCUCGGAAUCCACCAUAUGGCACGUCGUGGCAUUGCUGGUCGUGCUGUGUUGUUGGACUAUGCUCGAUGGGCAGAAAAGCAAGGCAAAACCAUCAACCCUUUAACACGGCAUGAAUACACAGUUGAUGAAUUGGACCAAGUGGCAAAGGACCAAGGCAUAACUUUCGAGCCCGGCGAUGUGCUUCUCGUGAGAACUGGUUGGAUGGGCGUUUAUGAGAAAGAAGGUGAAAAGCUCCCUGAAUUGAUGGAUCUUGCAAAGCCGCAGUGCAUCGGUGUAAAGGCAUGCGAAGAGACCUAUCGAUGGAUUUGGAACAAUCGGUUCUCGGCAGUUGCUUCCGAUGCCGUAGCAUUCGAAUCAUUCCCGGUUUUGGACUGGAGUAACUCGUGCCACUCUCAAUUCCUUGGUGCAUACGGAAUGCCAAUAGGUGAAAUGUUCUAUUUAGAGGCAUUGGCUGAAGACUCUGCAAAGGAUGGUCAAUAUGAAUACUUGUUUACCAGUGCUCCGCUCAACAAGUACCAAGGUGUAGCAACCCCACCCAAUGCUAUCUGUUUGAAAUAA